AUGACAGCGGGAAGGCAGAACCCAGAGGGACAAAGGCGGCGGUUGGCUAAGGGUGGACGAGGGAACCAGCCAAAAGAACCCCGAGAAAAAGUAAAGUGGCAGGGCGGGACCGCCCAAACUCCAGUCAAAGCGUUGGGGGUGCGGUGGCGAGAAGCAGACACCGCAGAGGGAAUGAGGGUCAGCUGGGGUGUAGGAAAGACAGGGACAGUGGAAGGAGCUGGAGAGAAGGACGCAGGUCCCCGGGAUGGGGGUGGGGGCACUUCAGCAGCGAAAAGGGGCCAGGGACCCAGAAACAGUCCCAGAUGGAGAGGGAGGGGGCGGCUGGCUGAGGACCUACCUGUCACCUGCAACAGGUGCACUAUCAGUGCUGAUUCUCCAACUGGCUUGCCAUCACACAAAGGCGAGUUGGUGGUUUCAUUGAAAUACAUCCCAACCUCCAAACUUCCUGUUGGAGGUGACCGGAAAAAGAGUAAAGGUGGGGAAGGGGGAGAACUCCAGGUGUGGAUCAAAGAAGCCAAGAACCUGACAGCUGCCAAAUCAGGAGGGACUUCAGACAGCUUUGUCAAGGGAUACCUCCUUCCCAUGAGGAACAAGGCCAGUAAGCGUAAAACACCUGUGAUGAAGAAGACCCUGAAUCCCCACUACAACCACACUUUUGUCUACAAUGGUGUAAGGCUGGAAGAUCUGCAGCACAUGUGCCUGGAACUGACUGUGUGGGACCGGGAGCCCUUGGCCAGCAAUGACUUCCUGGGAGGAGUCAGGCUGAGUGUUGGCACUGGGAUCAGUAAUGGGGAAGUGGUGGACUGGAUGGACUCGACUGGGGAAGAAGUGAGCCUGUGGCAGAAGAUGCGACAGUACCCAGGGUCUUGGGCAGAAGGGACUCUGCAGCUCCGUUCCUCGAUGGCCAAGCAGAAGCUGGGUUUAUGAGUCAUCCAUAGGGUCCUCUGCAGGUCCAGCCCUAGCCAGGGCAAGUCAGAGGAAGUCAAGAAACCAAAAGAAAAAAUUUCUAAUUUAAUAUGUAUGUGUUGGAUGUGUGUGUACAAAAUGUAUUCCUGCAAAUCUCAUUU